UACAUUUACGUCGUCUCCUGCUCUCAGAACUAGGUAUGGUAGGUCUAAUUUCCCCCCUUUUGCUUGUUCAAAUCUGAACCAUUACGUAUUUACUGACAGACUGAUGUGAAUUUUCACAAGGGCUAUCCAUUUGCACUGCGAUGCACUAUUUGGAUGAUUAAAACCUCUCCACUAAUCAGGCAGUCUGGAUUUUUUUUCCCUCUACAUUUUCCAUCUCCAAGUCGCCAAAAAGGGGAAAGCUUGCCCGUGUCCUGUACCAACAGCAGUUACUAUAUCCUAACAUUCUAUUGCAAAACAAAUUGAACCUUGCUGCAUACUCGACUCCCUACUGCUGCAUCACUACUUUGGAAAGGGACACCUAGACUCGCCGUUCUUCUGAAUCCAGUUUUGGGACGUUUUGAGAAAGUUAUGGCUCACAAUUGCCGUCGAACUGUUAUCUUUUUCCAGUGCCUGGGGUGUCUGCUCGGUUUCAGUGUAAUUCUCGUUCAAGCUGAUGGGAAGGUGUUCAUGCUGGAGUCCAGAAACGGCUCUCAGGGAAUGGACCUGGCCACGGCGCAGGGAGUGUGUGAGUCACAGGGAGCCCGGCUUGCUAUGCCAGAUGAGCUGAGACGAGCCGUCAUCGAGUGCUCCUUCACCGCCUGCACCAGGGGCUGGUUAGCGGACACCAACCUCGGGACCACUGUGUGUAACAAGCUUGACGGUGGACAGCAGAAUAUGAAAGCAGUGGAUGUGAAAAUCGAAAGCGCCACUGAUACGAGCAGCCAGCAUGAUUCCUUCUGUAUAAAAGACAAAGAUAAGCCAUGUGGUGACCCUCCUUCCUUCCCCCACACCACUCUGCAGGGGCACACUGGCUUUGAGAUGGGAGAUGAGCUGCUUUAUGUCUGCGCCCAGGGCUACCUCAUGGCCAACGGCAAGAAUGCUUUCACCCUGCUGUGUGACAGCUGUGGGGAGUGGUACGGGCUGGUUCAGUCUUGUACCAAAGAUGAGACAGAGGCACAUAUCGACUAUGAAGAUAAGUUCCCUGACGAAAGGUCGAUGAUGUUUGAAGAUGUCAAUGAGGACGAGGACAAGGAAUUUGCUUUUUCAGAGCACGAGGACACUGAGCAGGAAAGAGGGGAUGUGAAAGAGGGAGAGGUGGUGGAGGAAGGGGAGGAGGUGGUGGAGGAAGAGGUGGAAGACUUCACUGAGCGGGAAAACCUGGAGCCCACGACCCCCACGGAGUCUCCCGUUUCGCUACUGAGUCAAAAACACCUCUUCUGGUUCCCCUCUGAGACUUUCCACGAGACCGAGCAGCCAGAGGAGCCCCAGGAACCCUCCAGCGAAGGCACCAAAACUGAGUUCUCUGAGGGGGACAACCACAUCGGGGUGAAGUCCUCAGGCAGCGAAACCGGGGGAGGCAAAACCUUCGACAACAACAAUGAGGACUUCCCUAUUGACGUGCCUUUGGAGCCACACAAUGAAACCAAAGCCACAAAGGAAUCUGUAGCCAGCACUGACGAGUCCUGGCUGGAUGGCUACCCAGUAACGCAAGAGGACGAGGAAGGCGAGAAAGUGGAUGGCUCCAUGGAAACCGAGGAAGGGGAGGUCAUGAGCACGACUGACCAGCCAAACCAUGUGGAGAUCAGCAGGCCCGACACUCCAAGCACCACCCCGACAACCGACUUUACCCAGAUAGUGGCAGGACCCACCAGGCAGCUGGAUUAUGGUGACAAGCCUUUUCCUGUGGAGAUGACACCAACCUCAGCCCCGGAGAACAUGAGUGCCAGCAAAGGUGUGGACGACAUGUAUCGCACAACCACACCAUCCGAGGUAGUCGUGGCUGACACUACUACCACGGCAGAAACGGUUGAGCACCAGGAAUUCCCGGCAGUGCCCACAGACACCUGGGAAACAACCGAGAGAGUGUACCCCUUCAUCAAUCACAUACCAGUGCCAACAUACGCAGAAGAUACCACCACGUCUUACCAGGAGCCUAUAGAAACUACUACCAGAUCACCGGACGAGUUUGCAGGAACGGCCGUUUACAAUGAAUUCACAGAGGAAGGGAACCUCACAGACGGUACUGGAGCCAAGUUACUUCCGACAGCAGAAACAUGUGUGGGGGAGGACUGUCCCCAGCCUAGCAAAGGCCCCAUGAUCGCCAUCAUCCUCAUUGUCAUCUGUUUGUUGAUAUUCGCCGCCGUAUUAGCCGUCUGGUGCUACAAGAAAAAACAACAGAAGAACUCUGUUUAUAAGAUGAAUGGGAAAGGCCAGACCAGACACCCCCAGCAGAUUGAAAUGCAGCAGAAGGUCUAACUUUUUUUUUUUUUUUUUUUUUACUAGCUGGAGCUGAUUUACAAAGCUACUCAAGCCCGCAGUGGAUGCCUAGAACUGACUCUUUCUUUAGAGACAGAGGACAAUGGGUGCCAAGAAUUUGUUUUGUUUUUUUUUUGUUUGUUUUUUGUUUCCAAAGGUCAAAUGUUGUCACAAAAUGGGUCCAGCACCUUAUAUAUCAAACACAUGCAUUCUUACACACAUGCAGAUUUAUUAUCACAGUAUCAGGUUGUGCCGUUCAAGACAUGCCAGAAAGAUUCAGAGAUUAAUACAUGGUGGGUGGCUUCAGCGGCCUAGUUACAACUGUUUGAUGGCUGUUUUUAGGGCGUUUAUAAAAUGGGUGACAAAACUCAACACAAUUGUAACAAAAAAAACCUUAUCUGGAAGACAGUCUGACAGAGGCAAGUUGUUGGUGACAAAAAGCCUGCAUAUUAUUUUCAUUCAGAUGUUUUUCUGCAUGUUCAUGCAGUCUAUCCUACACCGUUCGGAAGCACUAAAAUCCCCACCGUUUCACAAAUAAUAAGCAAACCUGACUUUUGGAAAUAAAUACUGUAGUUGGAUAAAGGCGAAUUAACAUACAAGCAAUCAACAUUUUUUAACUUUUCUCUUUAGAGUAUAGCCAGAGAAACACUUCUAUAGGCAAUUGGAUAUAAAUGAUCUUAUAUAAGGCAUAACAUUUUAGAUGUAUAGAUAUGUUUAAUUUAAUUUUUUUACAAAUUCACAAGUCUAAUGAUGAGCUGAAAUACAUUUUGUGAAGGCCCGUGACCUGCCUCAUGGGUUGUGAAGCAAAUUUCAAAACUAUGGUUAGUAAGUUAAUUGUUCAGUUUCUGGGGAAUGUACUAGCAUUGUUUUUGAAUAUAUAAUACUGUAUUAAUAUAGAUUUUCAUUUGUUUUUUUGAUAAUGAACAAUGUGUGUUGUUGGUUUAUUUUUUGUGUCAUAAAAAUGGCUAUGAAAUGGCUGAAAGGAUAACAAUAUAUUUUAACUCGACAUCUUUUUUGUUUUACAAAAAAAGCAUCUAUGUUGCAUGUUAACAAAAUAACACUAUACAAUUGAACACAAGAUAAUAACCAAUCUGUUUCUAAAGUAUUUUCAAACAAGUUCUAACAAAGCUAGGUUUGAACUGUGUUUAGCCUUUGCAGUGGUGAUAACGCAUGUUGUUGAUUCAUCUGGAGCAUCUACACAUAGACCUAAUCCAAGCUUUCUAUUCAGUCCCCAAGGGAACGACUGAAAUAUAAUUCUCUCUAUAGAAAAUGUAUAUUAAAAGUGGGAAGGCUCUUGGAACAUUUAGUACCGGAUGAAUUGACAACCUCAGCUGAACUGCUUCAACAUCAGACAUACAGGGUUCCUCUCCUGAGGCUUUAGGAAGAGCAUACGAUUUUAAUUACACUAGUUAAUUGUCAUCUAAUUAGUGAGUAGUGACUGAUUAUUAUUAUUAUUAUUAUUAUUAUUAAUUAUUUCUUAGCAGACGCCCUUAUCCAGGGCGACUUACAACUGUUACAAGAUAUCACAUUAUUUUUACAUACAAUUACCCAUUUAUACAGUUGGGUUUUUACUGGAGCAAUCUAGGUAAAGUACCUUGCUCAAGGGUACAACAGCAGUGUCCCCCACUGGGGGAUUGAACCCACAACCCUCCGGUCAAGAGUCCAAAGCCCUAACCACUACUCCACAUUGCUGCCCAUGUAUAGUAAACUGAUGAGUAAACCAAUCCAUUUCAUAGUAUACGUGCCAGAUUAGCAGUAGUAUUAGGCACUCAGAAAGGGUCCCUUGCUUUUAUUUUCUAACCUCUUGUGUGAGAUAGUAAAAUGAUGUCUCUGGGACUCAUUUUGACUGCUGCACCAUAACAUUACUGGUAAGCUCUACUUUAUUGAUCCGAUAUUAAUAAUCGGAUGAAAUUGAAAGUUUGAAAAUACUUUUGCAAAACAGUCAUUGAUAUAUUGGACUUUGUGCGGAGCAGAAUCAGUUUCUGGCAAUCAUUUCCUGAUUACUUUCAUAGUAGGAAUGCAUAUACUAAUCUGGCAAAUGCAAGAAUUAUUUUGCAUAAAUAAAGACAAUGAUUGAGGAUGGUCAUAAUGUAUUAUCUAGUACUGUAUUGCUAGUCAACACAUUUUCACCACUGACAUAGUAUCAUCAACAGGAGUGGGUUUCUUUUCCCAAUAAGGACCCCUUGACAAGUAAGACGAGAUUGUGGUUCUGUGGGUUGGUAUGUGGCAGCUACAAAAGUCUGUAAAUCUCAGUCUCUUGAUACUGCAGCUCCUGAUAUUGCAGUGAAAUCAGUCAACCUGCAUGCAACACACAAUAUAUACAGCUAUGGCCAAAGGUUUUGCAUCGCCCUAUAGAAUUAACUAAGUUUGCUUCAUAAAGUCAAAUGAAACCUGCUAAAUAAUGUUACGUUAACAUAUUUAAUUACAUACCGCUUUGUUUUCUAUAUACUUAACGAAAAACUGACACAUUUUAAAAUGUGACAUUUCGGCAUCUAACAAGAAAUAUUGUACAUACUAGUAUGGUUUCCGAUAGACUUUUGUAGUUUCUUUGAUGACAUGAUGUUAAAUAAAAGAUCAAAAUUCUGUUCAUAUAGUUUGUUCAUAUAGUUUGUUUCUUAAUUAUGUCUCAAUCCUAUUCUAGGUGAUGCUAAACUUUCAGCUGUAGCUCGUACAUACACACACACACACACACACACACACACACACAUACUGCUGCGCAAAAGUCUUAGACAUGUUGCAUUUUUCUAUUCUGAUGCAUUAUGAGCAUCAACAAUUUACUCAAAGCCUCCACUAGUGUUUUCUACUAUUAUAACAACCUGGACCGUCAUAAAAAAGAAAAAACAUUAAGUGAAAUAGCUCGCAUCACUCGAUUUUCAAGGUGUGGUAUCCGAAGCAUAAUCAACAAGUACAGAGAACCUUCAUCUGUAAUUGACAAACCCAGGACUGUAAGACCCAAAAAGCUGUCUAACAAGGAUGAGCAAUACUUGAAGAUAAUAUCCUUACGGAAUAGAAAGAAGACAAGCGUUGACUUGACAACAGAACUGGCAGAAGGCACAGGUGUCGUUGUCCAUCAAAUCAAAAGUACGAGAGUCAGUCUUGAAAUCAGGACUUAAAGGAUGUGUUGCAGUAAGAAUACCUCUGCUAAGAAAGGGGAACAAGACUAAACGGCUAAAAUAUGUACAAGAACACAGAAAUUGGACUAUGGAACAAUGGUCCAAGGUGCUUUGGACUAUUUCAUCCCUGCACAGUUUUAAUAAAGAUAUAAAGAUCUUAUAGUGGCUGUCCUGCAUAGUAAUACAUUAAAAAAUCAAUACAAUGUAAAAUAACAUAAGCCCAAUUGGAAUUUGGUCGUUUUAAAAGCGUUUUUAUUUCACUAAAUGUAACACAUUUUCACAGAACAACAUCAAUCCAUGAAAGAGUCUGAUAGGACAAUAUAAUGCACAAGAACUGAGAACUGAUUUUUUUUUUUUUU